AUGCUGGCCAUUCUAUUCGCGCUCCUUCUCGUGCCUCUGGCAGUCACCUCUCCGCACGUCACCUCCUUUGCCUCUCUUGUCGUCGAUCGAGCGCGCGACUUUUACUAUGCCUACCCAUUCUACUAUUACAUCUCCCUCAUCUCCUUUGCCGAAUCGCUUCCGUACUACUUUACCAGCAUCUUCAACGGCUGGGCGAGCUGGGCUUCACAGUUCUGGUGCUCACAAAAAUGUCGACAGAGGAUCCGCCGUCUUCUCGAGAAGAAGGGAGUCGUCGGCGCGCUCAUCACUCUCCUCCCAUCGGACUCGCAGAUCUACGCCGAGUGGCUUCUCGCCGACAACAUGACCGUCUACUUCAUCUAUCUCUUCGUCUUUCGAUAUAUCCGGGUCCUCGGAAACCUCAUCUCUCUUCUGUUCCUCAACGGCUCGACACCUGUCCCGAAGAAAAAUAAAGUCCGUCGAAGCGACUGCACCGUCAUUAUUCCAGUCGUUAACCCUGAAAGCCAACAGUUUGAAGAAUGCCUUAUCUCAUGCCUCAUCAACGAGCCCGCCUGUGUCCUCGUCGUCACAAGCAGCGCCAAAAUGGCUACACUCACAAAACGCCUCAUGAUCCCCUUCAUGCAGCGCUUCCCCUACACCAAGAUCGCCGUCAAAACUGGCAACGGGGUCAACAAGCGUCUCCAAAUCGCGACUGGACUCGGUUACGUCAACACGAAAAUCACAGUCCUCCUCGACGAACAUGCCAUCUGGCCUUCCGCCCGCUUCCUCCCAGCCCUCCUCGCCCCCUUCGCAAACCCGCGCGUCGGAAUCGUCGGGACGACAAAGCGCGCGCGUCGCGGCCCCGAGGGCUUCAACUGGCCAUCCUUCCUGAACAUGCUCGGCGCAAUCGAGGUCGACCGCGAGAGCCGCGACAUCGAGUCGACGUGCGCAAUCGACGGCGGCGUCUCCGCCGUCUCGAGCCUCACCUCCGCGCACCGUUCCGAGAUCAUCUCGAACCCAGCGUUCCUCACGGCGUAUAGCUGGGAGUAUCUGGGCUGGGGCAUGUUCGGUCCGUUUGCCGUCGACGAGAGCGCAGCCGAUAACUUUCUUACCCGCUGGACGGUCAAGGAGGGAUACGCGGUGCGCAUCCAGUCGUCGCACGACGCCUGCGUGGAGAUUGCGCUCGAUAACGCUGGGGUAACAGGCUUCCUCGCGGAAUCGCUUCGAAAGGCGCGGACGGCCUUCCGGAGUAGUUGUGCCUCGCUUACAUCUCCGAUAUCGUGGUUCCGGCACCCGUGGUGCACGUACGCCGUGUAUGCGACGUCGAUCCUCGACAUCCCGCUCGUCUACGAUGCCGCGCUGGUGUAUACACUUUGGGAUAGUCGGCUCGGUGAACAGCAGCAUGCAUUCUUCUACCUCUCGCGCGUGAUGCUGGGAGCGAAGCUGCUCGAGGUCAUACCGUACUUCCUCCGCGAGCCGCAGGAUAUGUUUCUGGCGCCGGGGUACCUCCUCUGGAGCUAUGUCCACAGCGUCCUGAAAGUAUUUGCGAUGGUCACGUUCUGGAAUACAGGUCCUGGAGAGCGUGCGAAUGGACCCGCGCAUGUUCUCCCCCCACCCCCAGCACCGGCACCGGCGCCGGCACCGGUCCCCGCUGCGCGACGACCGGGAUACCACAUCGACACAGUCGCUCAGAACCCGAGUCCUGCCUCUCCUCGAAGUCCUGCCAAUGCUGCACGGAGACCGUUUGAGGUUCCUGUUGCUGCUGUGGCGGCGCCUGUGAAGAGGCCCCGGGGUAGGCCGAAGAAGGUUCCUGAUCUUGGGAUCAUUCCGUCGAUUGAGGAGCCGAUUAUGGUUGCUUCGCCAAAGGUCGCUAAGAAGAGGGGGAGGCCGAGGAAGAAGCUGUAA